AUGGCUGAUUUAGAAAAUUUGCUGCUGGAGGCAGCGGGAAGGACUGGGAAAUCGGGAAGAAACAGGAAUGCAUUGCCUCCAUCCAGGAGGCGAAAACGGGAGGGUUCAUAUUCUGAUGGUGGAAGUGAUUCUAGGGAUGAUGAUUCAGAUGAUGAUCGUGGGUAUGCGAAUAGGAAGCCAUCUGGGUCUCAAGUGCCUUUGAAGAAGAGAUUGGAAACUAAUGAGAGGGAUGAUGAGGUGGGUAGUCAGGAGGAAGGUGACUAUGAUGAUGGUGGUUCGGAUCGUGAGGGUGAGAGUAGUGAUGGAUCAGAUAUUGGUGAUGAUCUUUACAAAGACGAGGAUGAUCGGCAGAAGCUAGCUCAAAUGAGUGAACUUGACAGGGAGUUGAUAUUGGCAGAUCGAGCAGACAAGAAAGGGGAUAAGCAUUUGACUGAGAAGAUUAGAUCGAAAAGGGAUAAUGAUAAGCCAACCCGAUCUAGAAAAGAGACUCCGCCUCUUCCAUCGUCUCGUGGAGUGCGUUCAUCAGCUAGGUCUGCUGACAGGGCAGCUGCAAAAGAUGAUGCAUUGAAUGAAUUGAGAGCGAAACGAUUAAAGCAGCAGGACCCAGAGGCUCAUCGCAAGUUGAGGGAUGCAUCUAGAGGAUCUGCUGGCAGUCGGGGUUUUUCACAAGUAAAGAAGAAUAAUUUCACUUCAGCAAGUCUGAGUAGCUCCAGUAGUGAGAGUGGAAGUAGGUCUCACAGUGAGGAUGAAGGGUCAACAGGUGAUGGUGGAAUGGCAGACAGUGAUGAUGAUGGGGAACCUGGGUCUCAUGGGCCAUCUUAUGAAGAUAUAAAAGAAAUUACGAUUCGGAGAACAAAACUUGCAAAAUGGUUUAUGGAGCCUUGGUUUGAAGAAUUGAUUAUAGGUUGUUUUGUGAGGGUUGGGAUUGGUAGGUCGAAGACUGGGCCCGUGUACAGGCUCUGCAUGGUUCGGAAUGUUGAUGCUGCUGAACCUGACAAGCCAUACAAACUGGAGAACAAAUCAACUUAUAAGUAUUUGAAUGUUACUUGGGGUGCUGACAGCUCUGCUGCCAGGUGGCAGAUGGCUAUGGUUUCUGAUUCUGGACCAACCGAGGAAGAGUAUAAACAAUGGGUUAGAGAGGUGGAGCGUGGUGGUGGCCGUUUGCCAAGCAAACAGGAUAUCUUGGAAAAGAAGGAGGCCAUAAGAAAGUCAAACACUUUUGUGUACUCGGCAGCCACGGUGAAGCAGAUGUUGCAGGAGAAAAAAUCUGCCUCAUCAAGACCAUUAAAUGUUGCUGCUGAGAAGGACAGGUUGAGGAGGGAGUUGGAAAUUGCACUAAGCAAGCAUGACGAGGCAGAGGUGGAGAGGAUCAAAGCAAGAAUUCUGGAACUGGAUGCUUCUCGGCAGGCUAAGGUGAAAGAUGCUAAGGCUAUUAGGUUGGCAGAAAUGAACAGAAAGAACAGAGUUGAGAAUUUCAGGAAUGCGUCCGAAAUGAAGCCAAUAAAUACAGGUCUAAAAGCUGGGGAAGCUGGGUAUGAUCCAUUUUCAAGGAGAUGGACCAGGUCAAGGAAUUAUUAUGUUUCAAAACCUGCUGGAGAAGAUGACACUGUUGCAGUGACAAAUAGUGAGGCAAAUGACACAGUGGCAGUUGUAGAUAUUAAUCAAGUUGUAGCUGGUGGAGUGGCCGCUACAGCAGCUGCCUUGGAAGCGGCAGCUGAUGCUGGGAAGUUGGUUGAUACCAGUGCUCCUGUGGAUCUAGGCACCGAGUCAAAUACAAUGCAUAACUUUGAGCUUGAAAUCUCACUGAUUGCACUGCAGAAGUUUGGUGGACCUCAGGGUGCUCAGGCUGGGUUCAUGGCUAGGAAACAGAAAAUAGAAGCAACUGUUGGAUGCCGAGUCCCUGAGAAUGAUGGGAGAAGACAUGCUCUGACCUUGACGGUUGGUGACUACAAGAGAAGAAGAGGGCUUCUCUGA